CUACAUCACCAGGCUGGCCCCUGAAGUACAAGUUUUUAGUUUUGAUAAAAUCAAAUUUAUCUUUUUAGUCUUUUGUUGACUCGAUUUGGUCCCUCUGCCCCUUCCUGAUUUGUUAAAUAUUUAAACUUACGGACCCCAGGCAGUUCUGAACUUAACACUGGGGGGCUCUAGGAGGGAGCUACACUAGGAGAGUUGCUUUUACUGUGUAUCUUUUUGCACUGUUUAGAUUCUUUUUCUAGUUCAUAUUAUUUUAUUUCAGUUAAAAAAAAAAAGAGUCCCACUGGAAAAUGCUACUAAUUUUUAGCCUUUUAUGAUGCUGAAUAGAGUGAAAGGAAGCGCCUUACUAAUGGGGAUAGAACACAGACCCAGGGGCAGGAACGUCGCCUGGUUGCCCUGCUUCUCACCCAUUGCCCAGCAGCAGGCGCUCAGUGAACCCUGUGAAAGAAAUGAGGAAGUGUUUCACUUGACAGACACCAUCUUCUUCCUUCCCACACCAUCCACUCCUCAACAAAAGCAAAGAGGUGCCCAGCUGGCUUUAGUUGCCACCAUGGAGCUACCAGGAGACAGCAGCUCUCCCCAGAGCCCUGAGUGACUGUCCAGACCAGCACUGCAAGGAGCCUCACCUGCCUACCUCCUGAGGACCUGGGAUUGAGGUCCAGGAAAAGUGGUGAAGAUGUCGAACGAGCCACCCCCUCCUUAUCCUGGAGGCCCCACAGCCCCCCUUCUGGAGGAGAAAAGUGGAGCCCCGACCACCCCAGGCCGCACCUCCCCAGCUGUGAUGCAGCCCCCACCGGGCAUGUCGCUGCCCCCUGCAGACAUUGGUCCCCCACCCUAUGAGCCUCCGGGUCACCCAAUGCCUCAACCUGGCUUCAUCCCCCCACAUGUGAAUGCAGAUGGCACCUACAUGCCUCCAGGUUUUUACCCUCCUCCAGGCCCCCACCCACCCAUGGGCUACUACCCACCAGGGCCCUACCCACCAGGGCCCUACCCUGGCCCUGGGGGCCACACAGCCACAGUCCUGGUCCCUUCAGGGGCUGCCACCACGGUGACAGUGCUGCAGGGAGAGAUCUUUGAGGGCGCACCUGUGCAGACGGUGUGUCCCCACUGCCAGCAGGCCAUCACCACCAAGAUCUCCUAUGAGAUUGGUCUGAUGAACUUCGUGCUGGGCUUCUUCUGCUGCUUCAUGGGGUGUGAUUUGGGCUGCUGCUUGAUCCCUUGCCUCAUCAACGACUUCAAGGAUGUGACGCACACGUGCCCCAGCUGCAAAGCCUACAUCUACACGUACAAGCGCCUGUGCUAACGGAGCUGGGACAGGACUCCCCGCUGUCAGUCUGGUCCCCUGUGCUUCACUCCCUGCGCUCAGUGGCUUACUUCCCUGCUCACACUUGGGGGUGGAAGCCGUUCCACCGGUCCCCUGGAAGUCUUGUCUUCUUCGCCUUGCCCUUCCCUGAGCAUCUGACUCUUCUGGCAGAAAUUCUGUUGGAUUUAAGGCCAAGGGUCAGCGAGUGGCAGGGGGAUGGCACUGAGCUUGUGUGUUGCUGGUUUGCUUGGUGUUUGUGAUCAGGAAGAUAAGCUGGGAAGGCUUUCCUCGCACGGUCUCCCUGCUGGGGUCUCAUUCCUCCAUUUCUGUAUGAAGUACAGGUUUGGUCCUGACUCUCCCUGGGACCAAAAGCAGCCAGAGCAGUGGCUGGUUCCCCGGACUUGGGGCCUGCAGCAGAGCUGUGCCUGUAGCCACAGUCGUUUCUGAUCUGCUGGGCUGAAAGCAAGGCAGUGGACUCAAGCAUGACAGGGUCAUAAGGCCUGGGUUUCUUUCUCAAGUGCUAGAGGCAUGAUAGGAGGAAUGACCCUGACCCUCAGAACUCUUAGGAACACUUAACACAUUGUCCAAGUGCCCAGGAGACACCUGGGGUAAGACAGAGAGAUCAGCACACCUAUAGGUCAUGGGGUAAGUGAUUGGGCCCUGUCUUGCCAAGAAGGGACUUGCCUCUGGCCCCUGCCCAGCUCCCUUUCUGGCCACACCUCUGUGAACCCAUUUUUGCCGGGUCCAAAAAGAAUGCCCAGGAGCCUAGCCCAUCUGUCUAUACCAUGUCCUUGCUGUGUGUGGGUGCGACCUCUGCUCUGUAGCUAGUGUGCCCUAGCUGGGAUCAGAGAUGGCAGAGAGGAGGGGCCUCCUUGUGGGCGCACUCAAAUUUGCAGUGUGUUCCCCAUGGAUCCUCUUUCCAGUAAAUGUGGGGCCUUUCGCCCUGGCUGACUCAUUGUCUCUGUGCUUGCUCCAGCAGCAGGCGCUGUGGCACUGGACUGGGGACAGGCUGGGGAUGAGGAACGAGCAGCCACAAGUAGCGGAAGUGCCCUGGUGGACACCAGCCCUGCCCUGGGCCUGAGCCCACAUAGUCUUUAUUUCCUGAAUGGUUUGUCUGUGAACUUGCCACGUAGACUGCUGUAUCCUGCUGCCACCCCUUUCCUGGUCUCGCACUGCCACUGCAUGGCCUCCUGUCACUGUGAAUUGUGGCCGGUCUCAGUUUGUAGUUUCUCAUUAAAUUGGCCCUUUCACUCCCCCGCCCUGGGCCUCUGCUCUUUUGCCUGGCUUCCUUUUGUGAGGGAAAGAGGGAGGGGCUACAGGUAGUCUAAGGGCAGGGGGUUGAGUCCUCAGGGUGUCAGUGCUUAUGCCACAGUGACUGCCCAGGCAUGACGCUGACCUUUAAGUACCUAAUUAAACCAAGCCAGAGUCCAGUGUGGAUGAGGACUGGGAUUCCAGCUGUGCCGGGCCAGGGCAUGAGUUGGCUUCACAGGGCUGUAAGGUCACCUUACUAUCUCUGAUGCUGGUUUCACCCAGGUCCACACCUUGGCAUCUGCUCACGGGACCUUCAGCUGGAGCUCCUAGCUCGAACUCAGGGUCAUCCCACCUUGUAGGCAGGUUCUCACUCCCUCAAGCAAGACAGAGCCACUGGGGCUGAGGCUUCUGGUCUCAAGGCUAACAGGGGGCAGGCAGUCUGGACCCCUAGGUUCUGGGCCUGCUCUGCCCCUACCUCUCAUCUGAACUGUGAAGGUGCAUAGGCUUGGUCAGUAGUCGAACAAAGUUUCCCCACCAUUUAACUCUUGUGAAUUAAACUUUUGCACAUCCUUAAUAUAUAAAACAGGUAACAGACGCCUAGUAAUAAAAAUAAGUCAUUUCUAUUUUA